AUGCGCGUGGAUUUAAUCUCCGUCUUCUGGCACAACCUGGAAGGCGAGAAGCACAACGAACCGAUUCUCGCGUGUUCGUUCGAUCCUUCUUCAUCGUCUUCUUCGUAUAAACGUCUCGCGACCGCUGGAGGCGAUAAGACGAUAAAGAUUUGGGACGUUUUGGAAAUCGUCGACAAAGUGGAGGAGGAGGAGGAGGAGGAGAAAGAGGACGAGAGAGAAGCAAAAGUAGGAGAAGAGCAGACGCAAAGUCGCGUGGAAUAUAAAGAAACGAUCACUCGACACGCGGCGGUGGUGAAUUGCGUGAAGUUUUCUCCGGAUGGCGCCGCACUCGCGUCGUGUGGAGACCGAGGCGAAGCGUUCGUGUUUGAGAAGACGACGACGACGAGAAAGGAGGGAGAGGAAAAGAAGACGGAGACGACGAACAACGCGCAGAUGAUGGUUGUCUCUGGCAACAGAACCGAAUCUGAUGCUAAACAACAAGGAGAGGAAGAAGCGCCUUCUCUUUUUAAGUGCAAAUGCGCGUUGCGUGGCGGAACGGCGGAUGCGUUAGAUUUGACGUGGUCCGCCGACUCGCAGCUCGUCGCGGUGUCGUACAUCGAUUGGCGGACGAUUAUUUACGACGUCGCGAAUGGUGGGGUCCCCCUGAUUGCCUUCGAAGGUAAAAAAGGUAAAUGCGCGUUAGGUGCGAGCAGUGGUAACGGACACACAAGUUUUGUCCAAGGUGUGACGUUUGACGCGUUGUCAAAAUGGAUAGUUUCUGUGAGCGCGGAUAGGACGAUGUGUGCUUGGUCUUCGAAGAAGGUUGCGAUGAAAGCGAAGAAGGGCGAAAGUCCGAUUGCGACGAAGAAAGUUUGGACGACGAGCUCGUUCAAGUACAGCAGCUGCGCGAAGAGCGCAAAGUCUAGCAUAGAUAGCAGCAACCAAGGCAACGAAAACAACGAUGCGUGUUCAUCGAUGCUCUUUCACGACGACACCUUGCCUUCGUUCUUUAGACGACCAAGUUUCUCGCCGUGUGGUUCGUUCUUAGUCGUGCCCAGUGGUAUACUCAAGGAAAAGGUCUCCGAACACGGCGGCGCGAAGAAGAGUGAAAGUACGGACUGCGCGCACGUGUUCUCUCGAGACGAUUUGACGCAACCGAAAGCGUCCCUUCCGUCACUGAAACCGUCGACGUGCGUGGCGUUUUCGCCAAAGGUGUUUAAACUGAGAGGCGUUAAAAACGAUGACGAAUCAGUUGCUUCCACGAAUCCUUUUAGAGGAUUAAAGCACCGAUGCAUAUUUUGCGUGUGUACAAUUGAUGGAGCUAUGGUGUAUGAUACCGAAGUUGCUUCUCCUGUCGCCGUCAUUUCAAACGCUCAUUACGCCGCGGUCACGUGCGCGACUUGGAGCGCGGACGGGAGAACUCUGGUGUUGUCCAGUAAGGAUGGUUUCUGCUCGUUUGUUCGAUUCGACGAAGGUGAAUUUGGCGAAGAAGUCGAAAUGCCGAAACUUCCCGCGGAGACUGAAGUAGUGGAGGAGGGGAACAAGGAGAACGCCACGAUUAACGGCACCGCCGCGGCGAAAAAGCCAGACCAAGCCACGGUGGACGCUCUGUUCGCAAACAAUAAAAGUAGCACCGAAGAUACGAAUAAAGGCGUGGCGCAGACUGGAAGGCGAAUAACACCGGUAGCGAUGAUGUAG